GACAGUACGGUUCUGUUCAGUCGAGGAAGACGGAGGAACAGCGAGGUAGCAAAUAGAGGCAGAGAAGCCGAAGAGCCACCCGUAUUCUUCUGUUUCUCUUCCCUUCUCCGCCAACUCUCUGCGGCUGGAGAUUGGCAAAGUUUCAAUUGAAUCCGCUCUCGCGUCAGAAUCAAUCUUUUCCCGCCAAAAAAAAAAAACUGCAAAUUCUGCUAUCGCAAGUUCGCAACUCGAAAGUUCGCAUCUUUGAGUCCUCGAUUGCAUCUCUUCUCUUGGGCAAUCGUCUUUCUGCUCUCUCGUCCUACGGAUCAUGGGUUUCGGUUCGAGUUCCAAUCUCUUCACCAAUGCGGCAAGCAAAGAGGGUGAUCCUGAUCCUGAUCCUGAUGGAGAAUGGUUUGGUGGCAACGUGAAUGUGAAACCUUACUCGGUAGGGAAAGUCGGCGUGAUGAACAACACUGCUGUUGAUGGAGAUGGUGUAGGGUUUGAGCCCUAUAUAGGGUUAGAAUUCGAUUCACCAGACGAUGCACGGGAGUUCUACAACAAGUAUGCUAUGCAUGUCGGGUUUCGAACCAGAAUAGGGCAGCUAUAUCGCUCGAGAACAGAUGGCUCGGUUGCCUCUAGGAGGUAUGUGUGCCAGAGGGAAGGGUUUCAGCUGAAUUCAAGGACUGGUUGUCCAGCAUUCAUAAGGGUGCAGAAGCAUGGUGAUUCAGGGAAAUGGGUGAUCGACCAAAUGGAGAAGAAUCACAACCAUGAAUUCCUAGGUGGUGGGGAUGAAUCCUGCUCUCCGAUCUUGCAAGGCAGGAUCUCGGUUUCAGUGAAGCCAUCAUCUGUGUUGUCCCCGAGGCCUAAGAAACCCAAAGUGAAAUUGCUGAAGGAGAUUGAUGGCGGAGGUAUCAAUGCGAAGCGCUUUAGAAGCGGGUCUUAUGAGGGUGAACCGUAUUCAGGGCUGGUGUUUAAUUCAGCUGAUGAAGCAUAUCACUUCUAUCAUGCCUAUGCUGAGAAGGCCGGGUUUAGAGUCCGGAUUGGCCAGCUGUUUCGGUCAAAGAACGAUGGAUCGAUUACCUCCCGUAGAUUUGUGUGCUCUAAGGAAGGGUUUCAGCAUCCAUCUAGACUCGGUUGUGGAGCAUUUAUGAGGAUCAAGAGACAAGAUUUUGGAACUUGGAUAGUGGACCGUCUUGAAAAGAAUCAUAAUCAUGAAACUGGGCUAGAACCUGUUACUCCAAAGAGAUCAAUGGAUGAGGUGGUUGAUGAGUUUGUUUCCCCAGCUCCUGCAACGACUCUACACUGUGGGCAAGCCACAAUAAAACGAGAAAAUGAGAUUGGAAGUGAGUGGUACUCUUUGCUUCUUGAUUAUUUCCAGACUAGGCAAGCACAAGAUACCGGCUUCUUCUACAGCUUAGAAGUCGACAGUAACGGCAGUUGCAAGAGCAUUUUCUGGGCCGACGGAAGGUCUCGAUUCUCGUGCAGCCAAUUUGGUGAUGCAAUCAUCUUAGAUACUUCAUACAGGAAGAAGAAGAAGACCCGUUCUGUGGUGCCUUUCGCCAUGUUUCUUGGAGUCAACCACCACAGGCAGCCUGUGAUUCUUGGCUGUGCCCUGAUUGCAGACGAGUCAUCAAAGGAGACAUUCACCUGGCUGUUCAACACAUGGCUUAAUGCCAUGUUUGGCCGGUCUCCCAGAUCUAUCAUUGCAGAUCAAGACCCUGCAAUCCAACAAGCAGUGGCCCAAGUCUUUCCCUCCACACGUCACCGCUUCUCCUUGUGGCAGCUCGAGGCAAGGGAGCAAGAAAAGUUAAGGUCGAUGUCUGAUGAGUUUAGAUACGGAUAUGAUGAGUGCAUUUCCCAGAGCCAAACACCUGCUGAAUUCACAACCAUGUGGACUGCUCUCGUCAACUGCCAUGGUUUGGGAGACAAUGUCUGGCUUCAGGAAAUGUAUGAAAAGCGGGAAUCUUGGGUUCCGUUGUACUUGCGUGGAUCAUUCUUCGCUGGCAUUAGCCUGACAUCUUCAUUCUCUCUUUCAACUUCAAUCACGGAAAGCGAAGUGGAUGAGUUCAUUUCAAGAUACGAGCAAGUCGUUGAACAUCAGAGAAAAGAGGAAAUGAAGGAGGACUUCAAGUGCAGCAAUCUGCAAGCUGUUCUUAAGACGAAAGAUCCGGUGGAAGACCAGUGCAGGCAGCUGUACACUCUGGCAGUGUUCAAGAUAUUUCAGGAGGAGAUGUUGCAGUGCUACAAUUACUUUGCGAUCAAGACGUUCGAGGAGAGGACAGUGAGCAGAUUCUCACUGCAGAGAUGUGGGGACGAGAGCGAGAAACACACCAUUCGACUCGAUAGGUUGAACCUGGACAUUGACUGCAGCUGCAGGAUGUUUGAGUUCGAAGGGGUGCUGUGUCGCCAUGCCUUGCGAGUUUUUAACCUGCUGGGAAUUAGGGAGCUUCCCUCUCGGUAUAUAUUGCACCGUUGGACGAAGAAUGCCGAGUAUGGCACUCCUCGUGAUGUGGAGUCCUUAUCGGAGAAGGAAGAGCUCAAGGCAUUAAUGACUUGGAGUCUGAGAGAAGCAGCGAGUAGUUAUGUGGAAGCUAGCUCUGGGUCUCUUGAUCAGUACAGGGCUUCUUAUGAGGUUAUGCAUGAGGCAGGUAGGAAGAAACUCCCUUAGCAGUUAGCAAAUAGCAAGGGUAAGGGGUACUUGAGCUGGAAACCGAACCUCUUUUUUUGUGGUUUAGUUUUGUUUUUCUGGUCUGCAGAUCGCUUGCAGUGUACGGAACAUAAAGCAAGUUAGUAGUUUAUGUGCAUAUGAAUCAGCUUUCAACAUCAUCUCACUUAGGUUUGCUCCUCCUGAGCAGUGUCAUUUUUUCUUUUGUUUUCUCCUUCCCAAAUGCCGGAUGGGGAGACAAAGUUGAUACCAAAGUGCUAUAGUUCAUGUUAGUAGUUUGUGUAACAUGUGGAUAUUGGUAGGUGUAGAAGCAAUUCCGUUUAAAUCCAUAUGCUUACGAAUGAAGUCAAACGAUGAAU